AUGUCUGACGUCCACAACACCCCUGCCGCUCCGGCAGACGCUCCUGUCAUUGCCGAGCCCGUUGUCGUCAAGCCUGAAGAGACCAUUGUUGAGCCCGUCGAGGAGACCAAGACCGAGAUCCCCGUCGUCGAGGAGACACCUGCAGUCGCCGCAACUGAGCCCAUUGCCGAUGAGACCGUCGCAACCGAGGCACCUGCCGCCGUCGAGGAGGUCCCAGUCGCCGAUUCUGCCCCUGCAGUCGAGGCCGCUGCUCUCGCCGCAGAGGAGCAGUCUGCCAUCGCCACUACCGAGGAGACCAAGGCCAUCGAGUCUGGCGUCCUUGGCUACAAGGCUCCUGGUUUGAUCAAGAGCUUCAAGUUCUCCAAGAGAACUUUCUGGCUGGGUGAGGAGCCCGUCUCAGUCGACAACCUCAGCACCUACCUUCGUGGUGAGAAGCCCGAGACCGGCAACGCUACCGCUGCCUGGUCAAGCCACACUGGCAAGGGCCUUCUCUACUUUGUCAAGCACGCCGACGAGAAGAAGCACCCCCAGGGUGUCUUGAACCUGUCCGAGGCCACCGACCUCGAGAAGGCAACCGGCCACGAGUUCACCUUCAAGAUCCACCACCACAAGCACGCCUUCAAGGCUGCCAACGAUGCCGAGCGCGAUGCCUGGUUUGUCGCCAUCGAGAAGGCCAUGAUCGAGGCCAAGGCCAACAAGGACACUGUCACUUCCAGCGAGUCCUACAAGGAGACUCUCGCCGGCCUUGUCAAGACUCACGCUCCUCACACCGGUGCCGGCCGCAAGAGCAUGGACGCCUCCAGACCUCGUGCCACUUCUACCUCUAGCUCAUCUUCAUCCGACGCCGAGGCCGCUGCAAAGAAGGCCAAGAAGAGCCGCUCUGCUUCUCGCAACGGUAAGCGUCACAGCCUCUUCGGUGGUAUCAUGGGCAAGAAGGCCGAGCACGAUGCCGAGAAGGAAGAGAAGAAGGAGGAGAAGGCCGAGGAGAAGGCCAUCGAGGCUGACAAGCCCGCCACUGAGGCCNCUGCCCGUGUCAUCGAGGCUCCCGUCGAGGAAGUCAAGAUUGGCGAGGAGAAGCCCAUCGAGUCUGUCGUUGAGCCCACCACUGAGGUUCCCGCCAAUGUCGAGGAGGUUCCCGUUGCUGAGGGUGCUGCCCUUCUCGAGGCUGCCGCCGUUGCCGAGGAGAAGCCCGUCGAGGUUGUCGCCGCUGAGGAGAAGCCUGUUGUCAACAGCGUCUCUUCCAAGCCCGUUGAGGAGAAGAAGAAGACCGAGGAGAGACCCAAGACCAACAAGCGUAGCAGUCUGUUCGGCGCUUUCUUCGACAAGGUCCGCAGCCCUACCAGCGAGAAGAAGGAGAGUGAGGUCGCUCCCGUCGUCCCUCCCAAGGAGACCGUCGUCUCGGCCCAGCCUCCCGUCCUCCCUGAGCCUACCACCGAGACCUCCAACCUCGACCCUUCCGCAGUUGAGGCCGCUCCCGUCGUUGCUGAGCCCGUCACUGAGGCUCCCAAGGAGGCCGAGCUCGAGGCCGCUAAGGUCGAGUCUCCUCUCGUCACCCCCAACUUCGAGCGCAAGUCAAGCUUCUUCGAUAGCUUGGUGAAGAAGGCUAGAUCCAAGAGCCCUGCUCCCAUCACCUCCACUGAAGCUCCUGUCGUCCCUCCUAAGGACGACGAGGUCGUCGCCGCCCCUGNNUUGUUGAGGCUCCUGUCGCUGCCACUGAGGUCGUUGCCGAGAAGCCCGUCGAGGAGCCCAUUGUUCCCUCUACCGAAACCAAGAUCGAGACUCCCAAGACUGGUACCCCCANAGGAGAGCCGCCGCAAGUCAUACUUCGGUGGCUUCGGUGGUGCCAAGAAGGAGAAGACUGACGCCGAGAGCCCUUCAGAGGACAAGUCGAUGCUCGGUAAGGUCACUGGUCUUUUCCGCACAAAGUCUCAGGCUGCUCGUCCCGUCAAGAAGGAGAACGUCGCCCCCACUGAGCCCAUCCCUGCCAUUCCCGCCACCGAGACUGCCACCGAGCCCACCGUCGUCGACACCCCCGCCGUCGCUGAGCCCAAAGUUGAAGAGUCCGCUGUCGAGACUGUCGCUCCCGUCAGCGAGAUCCAGCACACUCCCUCCAACCCCACCGUGUCCGCCGCUGCGUAG